AUUUUCAUUGUUGAUCCUGCAAGACUGCAGACUGAACGUCCAUCAAAUUACUCAAGGAAUCCAAAUUUUCAAAAAAAAAAAAAAAAGAAAGAAAGAAAAAAAAAAAAAUGGAAAUUCCCAUAAUGAAGAGAAGCACAUUUACAUGCACUGUCUACAAUAUUUUUGUUAUUCUCUUCCUUUUACUUUCUGCAACUUCAAUUGCCAAAGACUUUAUUGAGGAAGAAGGAGAUUUAGACAUCAAAAGAUCUGAUUUUCCAGACGGGUUUCUCUUUGGAGCUUCUACUUCUUCAUACCAAAUUGAAGGAGCAUAUCUUGAAGACGGUAAAGGUCUUAGUAACUGGGACGUUUUUUCUCAUAUUGAAGGCGGCAUCGAAAAUGGAGAAAAUGGCGAUAUAGCUUCAGAUCAUUAUCACCGUUACAUGGAAGACAUUGAGAUACUACAUUCUCUAGGGGUAAAUGCUUACCGCUUUUCAAUUUCAUGGAGUAGAGUUCUUCCUAGAGGAAAGUUUGGUGGAGUUAAUCAAGCAGGAGUCUUGUUCUAUAAUCAAAUUAUCGAUAAUCUCCUACUCAGAGGAAUUGAACCAUUUGUGACAAUUCACCACUCUGACUAUCCUCAAGAACUCGAAGACAGAUAUGGGGGUUGGCUGAGUACCUUAAUGCAGGAUGACUUCGUCCAUUUUGCUGAGACGUGUUUUAAGAGUUUUGGUGAUCGUGUGAAAUAUUGGAGUAGCAUUAACGAGCCCAACUUAUUCGGAAUUUUGGGUUUUGAAAUUGGAAUUUGCCCACCCGCUCGUUGUUCACCGCCCUUUGGCAACUGUCCACAUGGCAAUUCAGAUAUCGAGCCCCUGAUUGCUGUACACAACAUGUUAUUGGCACAUGCCAAAGCUGCUAACUUAUAUCACAUGAAGUUUAAGCGUAAACAAGGAGGUAUGAUCGGCAUCAUUUUGCAUGCAAUAAUGUAUAAACCAUUAACGGAAGAUAAGUCCGACCAGGAAGCUGCAGAUAGGGCGUUGGCUUUUAAUAUUGCUUGGUAAGCAUCAAAAUUUAGUCAUUUUAUGAAGUUUUUUU